UUUUUUGAACAGUGAACGUUGAGUCAAGCUUCGAACAGAUCAGAGUUCUCGAUCGGUCUUGUGUGUGCAUAAGAACUUCCAGGCAGUGAUAGUAAGUAGCCAUUUUCGAACGUUGGAGGUGCAGUGGUGGUCUAACAACGCAGCCGUUGUCCUCCUGAGCUUGAAGCAGUCAUGGCGUACCCCCGACAAACUGGUUAUGGAGCACCAGCUCAGGGAUAUGGUCAACAGCAGCCGGCUUAUGGUCAGCCUCCACCCCAGCAACAUGCUUAUGGUCAGCCUCCACCACAGCAACAGCAGCAGCACAGUUAUGGACAUCCCCCACCACAGCAACAACCUGCUUAUGGUCAGCCUCCACCCCAGCAACAUGGUUAUGCUGGUGGAUCUCAGCCACCUAGUUAUGGCCAGGCUUCCUAUGGCUCAGGUCCGUCGUAUCAAGCUGCAGCUAACCAGCCUGGACAGUAUGGUGGUGCUGUGCCUAGUCACAUGGCUGGUGGUCAUCAUGCUGGGCCACGUGCACCCCCGCCAGGAGUGGACCCAACACUUUGGCAAUGGUUCCAGGCUGUGGAUGCAGAUAACAGCGGUGAGAUAUCUGCCACUGAAUUGCAACAAGCACUUGUCAAUGCCAACUGGUCUCACUUCAACGCGGAAACAUGUAGAUUGAUGAUAGGAAUGUUUGACAAAGACAGGACCGGUACUAUUGAUGUGCAGGAGUUUGCGUCCCUGUGGAAGUAUGUCAACGAGUGGAAAAGCUGCUUUGACAGGUUUGAUCGUGACCGCUCAGGUAAUAUUGAUGCUAGCGAGCUGCUUCAAGCCCUCACCUCGUUCGGCUAUCGGCUGUCUAUGGAAUUCUGCAAGCUGUGUGUACGUCGCUAUGACAGAACCAGUGCAACGACAAUGAAGUUUGAUGACUUCAUCCAGUGCUGUGUGACGUUGCAAACGCUGACGGAGGGAUUCAAGCAACGUGACACGCAACGGAAUGGAAAUGUGACCCUAAGCUAUGAAGAUUUUCUGCUCAUGGUAUUGGACACAACAAUGUAAACAACUUGAAGAUGGCGCCAGCAUGUUGUCAUCCCUGGAGUGGACACUAUGCCCCACCAGCACCACCACCACCAGCACACCCACAUCGAGGGGGUGCCGUAUGCCGUAUGGCGUACACUGUACAUCCAACAAUGAACGGCACAAUUGCCAUAGUAAUCGUUUUAAAAUUCAAUCAUUUUAGUUGACUUGCACACGUUCAUGUCUACGUUCUUUGUUCUAACAUCUCGUGCUACAAGCAGAUAUGAAAGAGGGCACUGUGAGCUGAAUAUGAACAAGAUUUAAUACAGAACAUAGCCUCACGAAAGCAAGAGAUAAAAGCAAUCUAUGCAUGUAUGUUUCAUAAAAAAAAUGGAAAACAUUAUAUUUAGCACACUCAACUACUAGUAGUAGUUUUCAAUUUCA